AUGAGAAAUCUCAAUUCUGAGCCAAACGCCUUCUCAAGCGAUGAGUAUAGAGAUAUCGGUCUAGCGAGUACUACUACUACUAGCUUCAUCGCUCCCAACAACACCACUCCCGAGAAAAUAACUUCCAAGUCCUUCCAUUACGUCAAUCUUGAAUUGAUUGAUAACGCAUUAACAUGUCCAAUCUGUCUCUUUCCAUUCUAUGAUCCAGUCAUUCAUUCAUCGUGUGGCAACACCUGUUGUCGUGAUUGUGUGAGUUCUCUUCAAACAUGUCCCAUUUGUCAUCAAGACAAUUUCUCAACAGAAAAUGCGCCAGUUUUGAAAAUUGUUCGAAAUCAAUUGGACAAGUUGCAAGUGUUUUGUUCCAUGUGUAAGAGUGUUGUGAAUCGGGGUGAAUUGAAAGAUCAUCAAGAAAAGUAUUGUCCUCUUCAUGAUGCAUAUGCACAAGUGGAACAAUUGAAACGCGAUUUGCAACAACAAUUUGAAGAGAAGAUGGCGAAAUUGGAACUUGAAUUUCAAGAAAAGGAUGAAAAGAAAAAGAAGGAAAAUUCUCUCUUUUUGGAAGAAGAAAAGAACAAGUUGUUGCAAGAAAAGAAUGAAAUGUUGAAACAAAUUGAAAAACGGGAAGAAGAAUUAGCGUUGGAAAGAACAGAACUUCUGGAAGAGAAGGUGAAAUUGGAACUUGAAUUUCAGGAACGAUCUCAACAAUUGGAACACAAUCUUCUAGAGAAGGAUCACAAAUUAAAGACAGAAAAUUCUCUCUAUUUGGAUGAGGAAAAGAACAAGAUUUUACAAGAAAAGAAUGAAAUGUGGAAUCAAAUGGAGCAAAUGAAACAACAAUUGGAAUUGGAACGAAAAGAAUUACAAGAAGAAAAGACAUCUCGUUACAAAUUGGAAUACUCAAACAAACCCAUUCAUUUGAACGUGGGUGGUCAAAUCAUGACAGUUUCAUUGGGUCACUUUUUACGAAAUGAAAGAGAACCUGAGAAUUUAUUUGAGAAAAUGUUCAUAGGAGAAUUUCCCUUAUAUGAAACUCCAAGCAUUGCUUUCACAGAUAAGAUUUUCUUUGUUGACUGUCCACCAAUGAUAUUUGAAGAAAUUUACAAGUGGCUCAAGUUUGGAACUGUUACGGCAUGUAAAAUGAACCAAGUUCUAAGAACAGAUGUCAUGAAACAUGCGACUUCAUUUCAUUUAUUUAAUUUGGUGAAGGAAUUGGAGAAUUUGCGAAAUGAAAAUGUCUCUUCGUUAGAAAAAUUGAAAAUGUCACAAUUUGAUUUCAUGAAUUUGGUCAAUUUGUCAAGAUCUCAACAAACAACAUUGAACCUGUCAGGAAUGGAUUUAAGAAGUUUGGUUCUGAAAAAUAUGAAUUUAACUCAAUCAGAAAUUAUUUCAUCCAACUUUAGCAAAAUGAAUUUGAAAGAUCUCAAACUCAACAAUUCUAUUUUGAAUGAAUGUAAUUUUUCUGGAUGCGACUUGACGAACGUGGACUUUUCGAAUUGUGACUUGAGAGAUUCAAAUUUUUGUGGAUCUCAUUUGAAAUUGACCAAUUUCACAAAUGCCAACCUUGAAGGUUGUUUGUUUGAUGCGAACACAACAUUCAUCUCUACCGAUUUGGAAGGAGUGAGCUUCAGCAACGUUUCACUAAGUGGAGUCAGAUUAGAAGGUUAUUCAUUUUCCAGUUUCAACUUUUCAAACUGUGACUUGAGCGGUGCUGAGCUUAAACAUUGCGAGUUUAUUGCCUGUCAUUUCAUCAAUGCAAAGUUUUCAUCUGCUUCUCUCUCUGAAUGUAAAUUCUCAAACACAGAUUUUGAGAAUUGUAAUUUCAAUGGAUCCACUAUAGGUUACUGCUCUAUGGAUGGAUGUAAUUUAGAAAAAACAACGAUAACACACUCUACAGCAGAAAAUUGCUUGUUUGAGAAUAUUGAUUUCAAGUCAGUUGUUGCAGAUCACAAAACCAAGUUCAGGAAUUGUCGGUUUGAGAAUUGUAAUUUAUCAGAAAGAACUGACAUCACUCAAACAUUUUCAGGCUCAACACAGCUAGUGAAUUGUAAUGUCACGAGAUGUGACAUGAGCAAUCUUGAUUUUCGAGGGUCUGUUUUCCAAAAUGUAUCUGACAUGAAUUUUUCGAACACAAAUCUCGAAGGCUGCUCAUUCAAACAUGUAGUUCUUCAAGGCAUCUUGUUAGAUUCCAAAACAAACCUCUCUGCUUGCAGUUUGGAACAAGUGGAUUUGAGCGGAUGCAAUUUGAGUGACUUUGACUUGCAUAAUUGUUCAUUUACUGGUUGCAAGUUUGAAUCCACCCUUCUUCAAAACACAAAUUUCUGUGGUGCAUCUUUCAGUAUUUGUUCGUUUCAAGAUGUCGACAUGAGAACAAUGAUCAUAGAUACCGACACUCGAGCCACGCAAUGUUUCAUGCAACAAGUGAAUUUGUCGGGACGAAACGAUGUGAAAAAUCUUGUUGCAGGUGGAAAUUCAUUUACAAAUUCGAACUUGAGUCAAUGUGAUCUUACAAACUCUGUUUUGAAGGGAUGUUCAUUUUCUCAAUGUCCAAUGAAAGAAACCAAAUUAUGCGCUUGCGACUUGACAGAUUGUUCAUUUAUUGAAAUAGAAAUUCGAGAAACGGUAUUUGAAAAUACUUCAUUUACAGGAUGUCAUUUGAUGCGUGUGAAUUUUGAAGAGAUGAAUUUGAAAGAUUUUGAUUUUCAAAAUGGUGUUUUGAACAGUUGUAAUUUUUCAUUGUGUGAUUUAUCGAACACCAAUUUCUCACAUUGUGAUUUAAGGUUUUCAAAGUUUUGUGGAGCUCGUUUGAAUUCAGCCAAUUUUACAAAUGCCAACCUUCAAGAGUGUUAUUUUGAUAAGGAAACGACAUUGAUUUCUACUAAAUUGGAAGGUGCUGUACUGAAAGGAGUGAAACUAGAGGGACAUUCUUUCGUGAAUAUGAAUUUUGACAAUUGCGACUGGACUGACAUUGACCUUAAGAAUUGCAGUUUCGACAGUUGUACUUUGGAACAGACCAUCUUGGACAAGUCUUCAUUUACACAAUGCACAUUCCAAAAUAUUAAUUUUGCAAAUGUCAAAUCGAAGGGUCAAUUGUCAUUGGACACUUGUCAACUCGAACGUUGCAAUUUUCAAAGCUUAUCCAAUACUCUUUUUCACAAUGCCAAUUUCUGUGGAACUUCAUUCACAAAUUGUUCAUUCCAAGAUGUUGAUUUGAGAACGAUUCUUAUCGACACCAACACUCGAGCCACAAAUUGUUCCAUGAAACAAGUGAAUUUAUCAGCAAGACAAGAUGUGAAAAAUCUCGUGAUUGGCGGAAAUUCAUUCAUACAUUCUAAUUUGAGCCAAUGUGAUCUUAGUCAGUUGUCAUUGAAAGAAUGUUCCUUUGAGAACUCGGAUUUGUCACAUUCCAACUUGAGCGAAUGUGAUUUGAGAGAAAUGGAAUUUAAACAAGUGAAUUUCGCUAGUUGUAACUUUACGGACUGUCAAUUGGAUCAUACAACCAUUUUCAACGCAUGUGAUUUGACAGGAAUGAAUUUUGACAACAAACAGUUGAAAGGAAUGAAUUUCAUGAACAGUAAUCUAUCAUCAGCAUCAUUCAACAACACAAUUUUACAAGAAUGCAAUUUGAACAAGUGUAAUUUUCAAGGUUCAAAUUUACAGAAUGCAAUUUUCGAAAAUUGUAAUCUCCAAGAAUGUGACAUGCAACAUUCGAAACAUUUGGCGGGUUUGAAAAUUUCAAAUUGCAACUCGGAAAAUGUCUUUCUUUCAAGUACCAUUUUAAACUCACAAGCUGCACUAUUACUACCAUCCAGUCUCAAAUUGAAAAACAACCAAAAUUGUGGAAAAGGUUUUCUAUUAUAUCGUGGAAGUAGAGAUGGAUUCACUUCACAAGCAUUUCAUUCCAAAUGUGAUUCAAAAUCACCAACUCUUACUAUAAUCCAAUCAGCAGAACAUGAUCAAAUCUUUGGAGGAUAUACCACACAAACUUGGAAUGAUCAAAAAAGUAAUAAGAGAGACACGGAAGCAUUUCUUUUCAAAUGUCAUUUGGAAUCCAAAAAUAUGUUUGAGAAAUUGUUGGUGACCAAUCCUAUGUUUGCAAUUUAUGGAUAUUCUUCCUAUCUAACUUGUUUUGGAGGUGGUCAUGAUUUGGUCAUUGUCGAUCGGUGCAAUGAAUGUGCGAAUAAUUUUAGCUAUUUGGGUUAUAGUUAUAGCUUGCCUGAAUCCUUGAGAAAACAACAUUUGACAUUUGAACAUGCUCAGGUGCAAUCUUAUUUGGCAGGAUCACACAAAUUUCGAGUUGCUGAAAUUGAAGUGUAUCAAUUAUAA